AUGGCUCCUCCAUCAUCAUCAUCAUCAUCAUCAUCAUCGCCGCCGCCGCCGCCGCCGCCCUCGUCGACCUCGCCAACCUCGUCGUCUUCUUCUGCUCCUCCCUCUUCCUCACUUGCGAGGCUCAACAACAUUGCCAGCCACAUCUCGCCCGCCAUGGCCUCUGCAACUAGCUUCCCCGCCGAGACCGUCCCGCAGGCCCCCGAGGAUCCUCUCUUUGGCCUCGCUCGCGCUUACAAGGCUGAUCAGAGCUCCCAAAAGGUUGACUUGGGGAUUGGCGCUUAUCGUGAUGACAAUGCUAAGCCCUGGGUUCUCCCUGUUGUCAAAAAGGCUGAUGAAAUUCUCCGAAACAACCCCGAACUGAACCACGAAUAUGCCCCGAUUGCCGGCCUUGCCGACUUCACCUCCAAGGCUGCCGAGUUGAUUCUCGGUGCCGCCUCCCCAGCCCUCAAGGAGAAACGGGCCACCUCCAUGCAGACCAUCUCUGGCACCGGAGCCGUUCAUCUUGGCGCCCUUUUCCUCGCCAAGUUCUACAAGGGCACCCGGACCGUCUACAUGUCCAACCCGACCUGGGCUAACCACAAGCAAAUCUUUGGAAAUGUCGGCCUCCAGGUUGCCGACUACCCUUACUUCUCCAAGAAAACGAAUGGCCUCGACUUUGAGGGCAUGAAGGCCGCCAUCCAAGCUGCUCCCGAUCGUUCCAUCAUCCUCUUGCACCCUUGCGCACACAACCCGACCGGUGUCGACCCUACACUCGACCAAUGGAAGGAGCUUGCCGUCAUUAUCGCGCAGAAGAAGCAUUUCCCCUUCUUCGACUGUGCCUACCAGGGCUUCGCCUCUGGCAACCUCGCCCAAGAUGCCGCCGCCAUCCGUUAUUUCAUUGACCAGGGAUUUGAGGCCUUUGUUUGCCAGAGCUUCGCCAAGAACUUUGGCCUCUACGGCGAGCGGGCUGGCUGCUUCCACGUCGUCACCAGCCCCGGACCUGACGCCAGCACCUCCAUCGCCCGAAUUGCCUCCCAACUGGCCAUUCUCCAGCGCUCCGAAAUCUCCAACCCCCCCUUGUACGGUGCCCGUAUUGCUGCCACCGUCCUGAACGACCCCAAGCUCUUUGCUGAGUGGGAGGACAACUUGAAGACCAUGUCCGGCCGAAUCAUGACCAUGCGCAACGAACUGCGCUCGAGACUUGAGAAGCUCGGCACCCCUGGGACAUGGAACCACAUCACUGACCAGAUUGGCAUGUUCAGCUUCACGGGUCUAUCAGAGGCUCAGGUCCUCAAGCUCCGCGCCGACUACCACAUUUACAUGACCAAGAAUGGCCGCAUCUCCAUGGCCGGCCUGAAUUCGAAAAAUAUUGACCACGUGGCUACUGCUAUUGACAAAGUUGUGAGAGAGGUGCAGUAA